CAUAAGGAUUUCAGUGCAGGGUCUGGCAGUGGCCUGAGGGGCCAGGUGCCACCCAGGCUAGGGAUGGGGUGGUGACAAGGUCAGGAGCAUCAUGUUUGGGUAAGGGCUCAUAGAACCAGGGCAUGGAUAGCAGAUGGAGGGGUUUCCUCAUGAUAGCAGUAAAGGGUACAAGAGAGUUCAUGACAUGAACUGACCCCUGCAUUUGGAGAAUGACAUGAAUGUGGUUGACCAUUUUGUGUGUGUAUGUGGGAAGAUCUCCUGGUAGUCCAGCCUGCUGGUGGCUGAAAGAGCCAGAGGGAAAUCACAACAGCAAUAGCAGUAGACAUUUAUGUAGUGUUUACUCUGUCAGGAGCUAUUCUAAUCAUGUUACACUGCAUUAUCUCAUAUAAUCCUUAUAAUAACCUGAUGAGGUAGGUACUCUUAUUAUCCCCAUUUUACAGAGGAGCACACUAAGGCACAAAGAAGGUAAGUCACUUGACUAGAGUCACACAGCAGGGAACUGGGGUGUGAACCUGGGCAGCUGGGUCCAGUUUCUGUCCUGCAGUGCUGCACUGCCUCUCAAUAAAUGUUAGCUAUUUUCAUUGCUAUUGUAGUUCCUUCAACUUGAGUCUCACCCCAGCGGUGGGAGGUGAAGCUCUGUACUUCUCUCUAGGGCUCAGAUUGGGGUUCUGAGCCCUAGAGACCCACAGCCAGACAGGUGUAGAGCGGGGCCUCCUAACUCAGGAGUUGCACUUUCCAGGCCAGGGUUUUCUGUCCAAUACAGUGUCCCAGAGGGAGUGCAAGACAAGGUAGUUGGGGGCCUCGGAAAUGGUGGGACUCCCUGACUGGGCCUCUUUUUCUCUCUUUAGCCCAGUUACUGUCUCCUUCAGUCUCUGUCUCACUCUUUGUCUCCCUAUACAAUCCGAUUCUCUCUUCCUUUCUCUCCCUCUCUCACUUCCUUUCUCUAUCUUUCUGUCUUAGUCUCUAUUUUUUGUUUCCUCUACUCAGUUUUUUUGUCUCUCAAUCCCUGUCUCUUCACCUUUCUUUCAAAUCUCUCUCUCUCUCUCCCCCCCAACCUAUCUCUUCCUCCCCCUGGUCUCUCACUGUCUCUUCACCUCUCUCUGAGUCUCUAUAGUCCCUUUCCCCAUGGGCUGAAGGAUCAGGGCCACAUCAGGUCACAGCCCCAAACUGCAGAUUCCUGGGAGGUAGGCCAGUAGGGACUGGGGUACAGGAUGGAGUGAAAACAGUUUCAGGGAUGCCCCCUUUGCAUCCUUUCCUCUUCACCCCCACCAACCCCAUGUUGUGAUGGGAGCUGACAUGUCGUGGGCUGCAGCUGCCACAGGGGAAUCCCUGCUGGAAGGUUUUGCCUGGAGCAGAGGAAUAGCAUGAGUGUGUGAGUGAAUGUCUGUGUGGCUGUGUAGGCAUGUAUGGGGUCUUGUAUGUGUCCACAGAUGUGAGCACAGAAGUCUGCCCCCUGCUUGGGAGCUCAGAAGAGCCCAGGAUGAAACCAAGGUUUGAGAAGGACUUCCCAAAGGCUGAGCAGGGAGACUGAUGUAGUUUUCUCAGCCUCUUCCACCUUCAGACUCCCUUUACCUCUGAUAAAGGAUGGUUGGGGGGGGGGGGCGGUAUUAUCCAUAACAUUUAAUGAAUACUUACUGUGUGCCGGGCCUGUGCUCAGGGACCCCCAUGAAUGAGUUUACUGAACCCUUGCAACAACCCAUUGAAGAUGGUACAGUUAUCAUCCCAUUUUACAAAACAGGCAAGUAUGGCCUAGUUAGGGGAAAUCAUUGGUUUGGGGUCACAGAGCUAGCAAGUGGGUAGAACCAAGACUUGAACCUGAAUCUGUCUGAUUUCAAAGCACUUUUAUAUAUAUAUAUAUAUAUGACUAUUGAUUUCAGAGAAAAGGGAGAGGGAGAGAGAGAUAGAAAUAUCAAUGAUGAGAGAGAAUCAUUGAUCAGCUGCCUCUUGCAUGCCCCCUACUGGGGAUUGAGCCUUUGACCUGGGCAUGUGCCCUUGACCGGAAUUGAACCUGGGACCCUUCAGUCUGCAGGCCGGCGCUCUAUCCACUGAGCUAAACCGGCUAGGGCCAAAGCACUUUCUUUUAAUAAUAGUGCAUACUUCUAUACCUGGCACAUAAUGGACACUCAAUGAUGAUAAUAACACUUAACAUGUAUUGAACACAUUUUAUGUGCCAGGCAUUAUUCAUAAGUAGUACACCAUUCUCAUUAAUCCAUUUAACCCUCACAGAGGUAAGGCCUGUUUUUUUGUUUUGUUUUGUUUUGUUUUUUAUCUCCUUUUUACAGAUGAAGAAACCGAAAUUCAGAGAGGUUCAGACACUUGCCCGAGGUCACACAGCUAGUCUUAUUGUUCACUCCUCCCAACUUCCCACUGCACCAUGGCUCCCGGCCCCUUCUCCUCUAUGCUGCUCUUGCCACCACCUGCAGCCCUGUCUUUUCUGCUGCUACUCUGGGCAGGGGCAUCUCGUGGCCAGCCCUGUCCUGGCCGCUGCAUCUGCCAGAAUGUGGCGCCCACGCUGACCAUGCUGUGCGCCAAGACUGGCUUGCUCUUUGUGCCGCCAGCCAUUGACCGGCGUGUGGUGGAACUGAGGCUCACAGACAACUUCAUUGCGGCCAUCCGCCGCCGAGACUUCGCCAACAUGACCAGCCUGGUGCACCUCACCCUCUCCCGUAAUACCAUCGGCCAAGUGGCAGCUGGCGCCUUUGCUGACCUCCGUGCCCUCCGGGCUCUGCACCUUGACAGCAACCGCCUGGCUGAGGUGCGUGGCGACCAGCUCCGCGGCUUGGGCAACCUCCGUCACCUGAUCCUUGGCAACAACCAGAUCCGCCGGGUGGAGUCGGCGGCCUUCGAUGCCUUCUUGUCCACUGUGGAGGACCUGGAUCUGUCCUACAACAACCUCGAGGCCCUGCCCUGGGAGGCCGUAGGCCAGAUGGUGAACCUGAACACCCUCACGCUGGACCACAAUCUCAUCGACCACAUCGCUGAAGGUACCUUCGUGCAGCUUCACAAACUGGUUCGCCUGGACAUGACCUCCAACCGCCUCCAUAAACUGCCCCCUGAUGGGCUCUUCCUGAGGUCCCAAGGCCCGGGGCCCAAGCCGCCCACGCCACUCACGGUUAGCUUUGGUGGCAACCCCCUGCAUUGCAACUGCGAGCUGCUCUGGCUGCGGCGGCUGACCAGGGAGGAUGACUUGGAAACGUGUGCCACCCCUGAGCACCUCACUGACCGUUACUUUUGGUCCAUCCCUGAGGAGGAGUUCCUGUGCGAACCCCCGCUGAUCACACGGCAGGCGGGGGGCCGUGCCCUCGUGGUGGAGGGCCAGGCAGUCAGCCUGCGGUGCCGUGCUGUGGGUGAUCCUGAACCGGUGGUGCAUUGGGUGGCACCUGAUGGGCGGUUGCUGGGGAACUCUAGCCGGACCCGGGUCCGGGGGGAUGGGACGCUGGAUGUAACUAUCACCACCUUGCGGGACAGUGGUACCUUCACUUGCAUCGCCUCCAAUGCCGCUGGAGAAGCCACGGCACCCGUGGAGGUGUGCGUGGUGCCGCUCCCUCUGAUGGCGCCCCCGCCGGCUGCCCCGCCGCCUCUCACUGAGCCUGGCUCCUCUGACAUUGCCACGCCUAGCCGACCUGGUGCCAAUGAAUCUGCUGCUGAGCGCCGGCUGGUGGCGGCGGAGCUCACCUCCAACUCUGUGCUCAUCCGCUGGCCAGCGCAGAGGCCGGUGCCCGGCAUCCGCAUGUACCAAGUCCAGUACAACAGCUCCGCUGAUGACUCCCUUGUCUACAGGAUGAUCCCCUCCACCAGCCAGACCUUCCUGGUGAAUGAUCUGGCGGCGGGCCGCGCCUAUGAUCUGUGCGUGCUGGCGGUCUACGACGAUGGUGCCACAGCGCUGCCAGCCACGCGAGUGGUGGGCUGCGUGCAGUUUACCACGGCUGGGGAUCCGGCGCCCUGCCGCCCGCUGAGGGCCCACUUCUUGGGCGGCACCAUGAUCAUUGCCAUCGGGGGCGUCAUCGUUGCCUCGGUCCUCGUCUUCAUCGUUCUGCUCAUGAUCCGCUACAAGGUCUAUGGCGACGGAGAUGGCCGUCGUGUCAAGGGCGCCUCUAGGUCACCCCCGCGGGUCAGCCACGUGUGCUCGCAAACCAACGGUGCAGGCGCGCCGCAGGCCCCACCGCCAGCGCAAGAAUGCUACGUGGCAUUGCGCGAGGAGGCGUCCCCGGCAGCCCUGGCGGUGGAAGCAAAGACCACGGUGGUAGAGACGGCAGCUUCCGCAGACCCAGAGGCAGUCUUUGGACGCUCCCUGGGUGGCUCGGCCACCUCGCUGUGUCUCCUGCCAUCCGAGGAAGCCUCUGGGGAGGAGUCUCGAGCCGCUGUGGGUCCUCGGAGGAGCCGUUCUGGGGCCUUGAGGCCGCCAGCUUCAGCGCCCUCCACUCUAGCUCUGGUUCCUGGGGGGGCACCCGCACGGCCUCGGCCACAGCAGCGUUACUCGUUUGACGGGGACUAUGGGGUGCUCUUCCAGAGCCACAGUUACCCGCGCCGCGCCCGGCGGACAAAGCGCCACCGGUCCACCCCGCACCUGGACGUGGCUGGAGGGGGCGUGGCCGGGGAGGACGGAGAGCUGGGGCUGGGCUCCGUCCGGGCGCGCCUGGCCUUCACCAGCACCGAGUGGAUGCUGGAGAGUACCGUGUGAGCGGCUGCGGCGGGCGCCGGGACUCCUGGUGCCACGGACAGGACCCACUCCGAGCUGCCCGGACCCUGGGGCAGGACUGGAGGGAAAAAGCACAGCGCCAAGACCUCUGACUGGAGGGGAGGUGGGCCCUUCUCCCCGAGGGGGCGCUGCGGCCUGCGGCUAAGGCUCGAGGCUAUGCACCGUGUCCUGGGGAGAUGGGGAGCGGGCUGCUGGGCUCCUCCCGUGAGAACUCCUCGCCCCCCUCUUUGUCCCUUCCCCCAGCGCGCUCGCGGACUUCGCUGGGAGCUGGUGCCUUACACAGCGAAGCGGGGGGAAGGGGCAGGGCCCCCCCACACUGCAGCACUGAGACACGAGCCCCCUCCCCCUGCCCGGGACCAGGGGCAGGGACGAGGGGCCCAUUUCUUGUAUCUGGCUGGACUAGAUCCUAUUCUGUCCCGCGGCGGCCUCCAAAGCCCCACCCCGAGCCCAUUCACCUCUCUGAUCCCGUAGGGUCUGGCUUGGGGUCCCCUUUUCUCUGUCCCCCUCUUUUGUGUCUAUCCUGCUCUCUGUCUUCUCUGUCUUAUGUCUCUGCCCUUUUCUAUUUGUCUCUUUUUUCUCUGUCCCGUCGUCUCUUCUCCUGCCCUCCCAUGUUUUGUCCAGUCUCUUUGUCUCUCCGGGAUUACCUCCCCCCACUACACAUUCUCCGGGGCAGGUCCCACUGGAAGGACCAGACUCUCCCUAUUCCUUCCUCUUUCCUCAAGUAAAUCCCCACAUGAAUAAAGUCCAAAACAAAGUCCUCCUCCCCACCGGAGCCAGGACCCCCGCCGCAGCAGAAUUAAACUUUUUUCUGUGUCCGAGGGCGCUCUACUGA